CAAAAGGGGCAUGUGUUUUUCUUUUUCUCUCAGUCUCAAAGAGAGUACAUUGAGUUGAAGUUGAAAGCAUAGAGAAAAGAAGAGCUAUCACUUUUUAUAUUCACUUCCACAUUUCAAUCUAAAAUAGUAGAAAGCUGAAGAAAAAUAUUUCAAUAGUUCAGAAGUCAGACUGAAGUAUAUAUUAGCAUCAUUAUCAUCAAUCAUCAUGGUUUGAAAAAGUUAUUAACAUAGCAUGACCAAAUCUAGAAGCUAAAGUUCAUCCAUUCAAUCAAACAACAUGAGUUAUAGUUUGUGUGUUCAAGUGCUAUUUGAGUGAAGCAUUGAACAAAGUUUCAGAUACUACUAAAAGCCAAGCUAUGAAUCUGUGCUACACAUGCAAGCCUCAUGUGUAUGAUAUUUUCACUAUUAUUGUCUAACAUUGCAGAAAAUAAUGGUUUUGGUCAGAUUCAAUCAGACAUAUUUUUCAGGUCUUCUGUUUCCUUGCAGUAAAUAAUGGUACCUUCAAUGACCUAUAUACCCUACCCUAUCAAUUUAUUUAUGACCUACAUAAACAUUAUUGGAAGUUAAUAUUUUUUUCAUGAGGCUAUGAGAACUAGGUCUAAUCAAAAUUCCACAAAAACUACUUCAUUCUUUUAGCCAUCUUUGAAUUGAAUACUAGUUCUUAUUCAUGGAUAGUGAAAGCAACAUAGAAAUUUCUAGUAACAACCUCAAAAUCAAGAUUGCAACAAGUAGUAGCAAAAAACAAGGUGAAGAGAGUUUAGACAGUAUUUCAAAUUUACCUUCACCAACCAUAAAAUCUUCCAUAGAAUCAUCACCUUAUGAAUCACCUCUUGUUUCUCCACCUUCAUCAGCAUUUGUCUCAGCAUUACAAUCUCCAUAUAUAUCUCCAAGAGCCACACUUCCAAACCCUACUAAUAGUACUAUUACUACAUGCACCUCCACUACCACAAAUCCUUCAACACCAGAAGAUUUGCCUAGUAGCUCAUACACCCCUCCUUCUGAUCCUUAUGAGUUUUCUGAUGACACUUCUGAUACAAUGCUCAAAUUCAUGACAUGUGUUCCUGAAACAGUUCCACCAAGAAUCUCAUUCUCAUUUCCAGUUCCUAGAGUGUCUUUUGCAAAAGGUCCUGUUUCCCCUGCUACCACCAAUUCCAAACUUGGAAGCUGUGAUGUCUACAUUGGAUUCCAUGGACAAAAUCCGAAUCUUAUUCGCUUUUGCAAGUGGCUUAAAUCUGAGCUUGAGCUUCAAGGUAUUGAUUGUUUACUUGCUGAUAGAUCAAAGUAUUCAGAUAUUCAAAGCCAUGAGAUUGCUGAUAGAGUCAUUUGCUCGGUUGCAUUCGGCUUAGUGAUCAUCACAAGUUCGAGUUUUCUCAACCGUUUAAGCAUGGAAGAGGUGAGAUUCUUUGCUCAAAAGAAGAACUUAAUUCCUAUAUUCUUUGAUGCAUUGCCUGCUGAGAUUAUGUCACUUCUUAAUUGCAAUUCAAUUGAUAAAGAAUGUAAAGAAGCGAUCGAUGGACUAGUAAAAUGCAAUGAGUUUUGUCUUGAGGCUAAUGAUGGUAAUUUGAGAAGUUGCAUAUCGAAAGUUUCGAGUAUUUUAAGAGCAAGACUUGGUAGGAAGAAUGUUGGUCAUAAGGAUAAUCAUAAUAUGCAAGGAUUUGAGAAUUUAUUACCUUUUCCAAGGAAUGCAUAUUUUGUUGGAAGAGAGAAAGAGAUUAUGGAGAUUGAAGCUUUACUUUUUGGAAAUAGGAACUUAAUGGAACAACAAGUUCAAGAUCAUUAUAGAGCCAGUGGUAGUGGACAAUCUGAAGGACUUGCAGAUGAAGAAAGUGAAAGUACAGUUGGAAAAGGCGGUGGCGGAAGGUAUAUAAGCCUAGAGAUAGGGAGGAACAAAGAACCAAAUUUAGAGGCUUGGAUUGAACAACCAAUGGUAGGAAACAAUUCAUUGAAGAGGUUGAAGAAUAAGAAGACAAAAAGUGGAAGCUACAACAAGAGUUUGUGUAGUAGCAGCAGUGUGAUUUGCAUUAAUGGAGUUUCUGGAAUUGGAAAAUCUGAAUUGGCAUUAGAGUUUGCUCAUAGAUAUUAUCAAAGGUAUAAGAUGGUUUUGUGGAUAGGUGGUGAAGCUAGGAAUCUUAGACAGAACAUAUUGAACUUGUCACGAAAUUUCGGUUUGGAUGUUGGUGCUGAUACCGAGACAGAAAGAGGUCGAAUUCGCAGCUUCGAGGAGCAAGAAAUCGAGGCAUUCAAGAGAAUCAAGAGGGAACUUUUCGGUGAAACGCCUUAUUUGUUGAUAAUUGAUAAUCUUGAAACAGAAGAGGAAUGGUGGGAAGGGAAAGAUUUAUAUGAUUUGAUGCCGAAAAACAACAUAGGAGGGACUCAUGUUGUCAUCACUACUCGGCUUUCGAAGGUAAAAAACUAUGAUACCAUUCACCUUCCUCCAUUGCCAUUAUCUGAUGCAAUGACUUUGAUAAGAGGAAGAAAAAGAAUCGAGUAUUCAAUAGAUGAGGUGAAUUUCAUUGAAAAAUUCUAUGACAAACUUGGUAGGUUGAGUUUUGGUUUGUCGAUGAUUGGUUCGUUGUUGUCAGAACUUUCAAUUAGCCCUUCUGCACUCUUUGAGUCUAUAGACCAAGUUUCACUCAAUGAUGAUUCAAACUCAUGUUGUUUGAGUAUUGCACAAGAACAAUGGUGCAAGAACAAUCAUUUCCUCAUGAAGACACUCCUUUUUUGUUUAGAAACUUUGGAGAAAACUAAAGCAAAAGGAAAUUUACUUGCUAUAAGAAUGCUUCUUGUUGGUGGUUGGUUUUCUCCUGCUCCAAUUUCAGCCAAUUUGUUAGUGAAUGCAGCUAAGAGUGUUUCCGCAAGUGAAAAUCAUCUCAAGAAGUGGACAAGCUGUAUGAGCCUAACAUCGAGUUGUUUAUCGCCGCAGACAUGGAAAGACGAAGAAGAUUCGGCUUCGCUUCUUGUGAAAUUUGGACUAGCCAAAAGGACUAAUCUACAUGAUGAUGGAUGUUGGCUUCGUUUCCAUUCCAUAACACAAACAUUUGCUAAAAGAAAAGGUGGUUUGAAAUACGCAAAGGCUGCAAUUCAAGGAGUAAGAAAAAUGAGCAACCAUGUAGUCUCAGAUCAUUUAUGGGAAUCUGCUUUUCUUGUUUUUGGAUUCAAAUCCGAGCCUCCGGUCGUGGAACUAAAGGCAACCGACAUGGUUUUGUACAUCAAAAGAACAGCUCUACCGCUCGCGAUUCAAGCCUUCACUACGUUUUCAAGAUGCAAUUCAUCUUUAGAACUGUUAAAAGUUUGCACCAAUGCACUUGAAGAAGUUGAGAAGUCUUUUGUAACUCAAAUACAAGAUUGGUCUCAUGACUCAAUUUGCUGGAAAAAAAGGUUGCAAAGAAGACAAAAGGUUGAUGAAUAUGUGUGGCAAGAUGUUACAUUGUUGAAGGCAACAUUGCUUGAGACUAGAGCUAAGUUGCUAGCAAGAGGAGGACAUUUAGAUAGUGGUAAGGAACUUUGUAGAACAUGUAUUAGUAUUAGAACUGUGAUGCUUGGUCAUAACCAUGCACAAACCUUGGCUGCUCAAGAGACAUUGGCAAGGUUGGUGAGAAUGAGGAGCAAAAUAUGAACAUAAUAAGCAUGAACAUGUUUGUUUUGUUUCACCAUGUGUCUUGUCCAUUACAGUUAAACUUCAUAUGGAAGUGUAAUAUUUAUUAUGGUAAUGUAGAGUGAAUGACCAAGUUUUUUCUUGAAAUUGUGCAACUUAGUCUUUGAAUUUAUUAGUAUCAAAAUAAUCAUUGAAAUUGA